GAAAGCGUUGUGGCUGUAGAUGGAGUGAGGGUAAUAAGACGCCGACAACUUCCCCGUCACAUCGCUCUGAAAGUGUGCACCAUCUUUCCAGCUCGCUCUCCGAUUACGCACACAAAUACACGGAGCUUGCACCGUGGUCUAGGAUCACACCUUGCCUGAUCCUGGAAACGAACAUUCUGGCUUUAGCAAGAAUAAUUUGCAACUAAUGCGAAGAACGGUGCUUUGAUCGGUGCAGCCUUUGUUGCUUUCCUGUUCCAGCGUCCGAUCAGCAGCGCCGCGGAACCGCCUCCUACCGGCGCUAUAAGCCAGUCACUUCAAGGAGGCCAGCGAGCAUCUCACAGGGGGGUAGACCUCUCGCUCCCUCCGGGUAUUUAAGCCGCGACCACCCCGACAGCGAGCUCUCUGCCGAGCACUUGGACAUGAGAGGACCGGCGAGCGCUCGGCCAGCUUCAAUCCUGCAGUUUCUGCUAAAGAGAGGGAUUUUUGGGGUACGGGGGGAGGGGGUUCUUACAAUGGAAUGUGAGUUUCACAAUACCUAACCACCCCGAGACACUGGUGCGAGGCAGCAGUUAGUUGCAUAGAGGUCUUUGCGCUGGUUUUGCGCUUUAUGCCGCUGCAAGCGUAGAAUUCUGAUAACACUUUUUUGGCGUUGGAAACAGCGGGCUUCCCAUCUCCCACUGGAACGAAAGCUCAAGAGACAGAGACAAGAAGCGGGAGCGGGAAAGAGUCAGACGCAAAGAGGAGAAUGAGAAAGUGGAGGAUUAUGGCUUUCGCGACGGUGUGCUUGUGCCUGCUCACGCUGACCUGCGCGAACUUCCCCGGGGCGUCGGGGAGCAGACACACCGUGCACUGGAACAGCAGCAACAUCCAUUUGCGGAGAGAGGGCUACACAGUGCAGGUGAACGUGAACGACUACCUGGACAUCUACUGCCCACACUACAACACCACUCAGCGGGGCCCCGCCGACAGUAAUGCGGCUUCAUGGUCAAGCCAUGCUACACAAGACGUGCACCCGCAGCUGGGCUUCAAGCGCUGGGAGUGCAACCGUCCACACGCGCCCCACGCGCCCAUCAAGUUCUCCGAGAAGUUCCAGCGCUACAGCGCCUUCUCCCUGGGCUACGAGUUCCAUGUAGGCCACGAGUACUACUACAUCUCUACGCCCACACACCACCAUGGCCGCAGUUGCCUACGACUGAGAGUCUACGUCUGCUGCUCCACUGCUCCACAUGUUGAGGACGAUCCCUUCCAGCCUACUGAGCCAGACUUCACACUCAGACCCAGUAUAAAAAUCCAGGACCUAGAUGAGUAUAACCCAGAGGUUCCGAAGCUGGAGAAGAGCGUCAGCGGGAGCAGCCCAUCCCGGGAUCAGCUCCUACUCACCGUGGCAACGCUGUUCCUCGCCGCCCUCUCCGUCUCCUAGCAACCGCCUCCCUGCCAUUGCCACGGCGCCCAGACCCCGGAAAUCAGAUGCUGGAAGCGGUCCUGGGGCGGGUGCAUGGAUGGAUGGAUGGAUACAUUGAGAGAAAAUGGAGGAGUGUAGGGAGAGACUAAAAGACUCCAAUGAAUGAAUAAAUGGAUGGAUAGAUGGAUGGAUAGAUGGAUUGAUAAUGACGGGGACAAGAGGCCAGAGAGUGGACCGUGUGGAGAGAGCUGGACGAGGCUGGACUAUGGAUGGACAUGUCCGUAGGGUGCUCAUGUGCUUAGUAGCAGCGUGGACAGUGUGUCUUGCUGGACUCGCACACCUUUAACUUGCUCAGUGUGUGAUGCAUUAGAUGCCUUUCUCUGUGCCGUUUGUAUGUGUGUGUGUGUGUGUGUGAGUGUAUGGUGAGCUGUGUGUGCUUGUGUGUUUGCCUGUGUGUGUACGGAGGUGUUUAUGUGUGUGUGUG